AUGUCUGAUUCAUUCGAAUUGAAAUGGGGAAUAGUUGGUCUUGGAGCCUUCGCAGCAAAAUGGGCAAACGACGUGUUCUCUAAUUAUGAGCUUGAUGCCAUCCACGGAAAGCUGGUGAAUCACCAGCUUAAAGCGGUGGUAUCAACCACCUCGAUUCAAAAAGCCGAGUCUUUUAUCAAACUUUUGAAUACCGAAGCUACUGGAAUUCCUCAAACUUACGAUUCUUGGGAGAUAUUCUUGGCCGAAAGCGAUAUUGACAUAGUCUAUAUAGCUGCUCCGAACGCUCUUCAUUAUCCGCUGGCAUUGCAAGCGUUGCAAGCGGGAAAACAUGUUUUGGUGGAAAAGACUUUCACAAUUAACCACGAGCAAGCUCAGCAUCUCAAAGAAGUGGGAGCUAAAAACAAGCUGUUUAUUUUGGAUGGUAUUUGGACAAGAUUUCUCCCAACAACCAAGGCAAUUCAAAAGUUGAUAUUGCAAGACAAGGUUAUCGGGGAAGUCCAUAGAGUAAGUGCCGAUCUGAGUCAUAAUUGUCCUUUUGAUGAAAGCGGAAGAUUAUACAAUCCAGAACUGGGCCCUGGGGUUUUGUAUGACAACCUGAUUUACUCUAUUGCGUGGACAGAUCUUUUGCUGUUAUCGCAAGCCAAGACAGAUCCAAUUGUGAAGACUUUUUCGUUGAAAUCCAAAGAUGUUCCAGAGAUUGACACAGCCACCAGCAUUUCUCUGGUUUUUAAUGAUCUGAAUGCAAUUGGGACAGCCAGCGGAUCUUUCAGCCUAGAGUCACCUCGCGACAGUGUCUUGAUUGAAGGAACAAAGGGUUACAUCAAGCUGGACAGAGCAUCAAAGCCGAGUACAGCAACUCUGUACUCUAACGGAAGUCCAGAAGGAACUAACUUGGAAAUAGGAACAAUCGGAGGUCUUGGUUACUACUAUGAAGCCAACGUUGCAGCUAUUUCCAUUAGAGACUCGUUAUUGGAGCCAGUUGACCAUCCGUUGGAUGAGUCGAUACGGGUUCUGAAGAUAUUUGAUCAAGUGAAAAAAGCUAACGGUAUCGUGUUUCCACCCUCCAUUGAGAAAAUUUCAAAAACUGUUUGA